GAGGUGGGGGAGAAGGUGGAGCACAAGACAGCCCCAGAAGCGUAGCCGCAGCCCGAUUCCGGACGCCUUUCUCCCCAGCCCGGCGCCGAGCUGAUGGCCCAAGUUCGAGAAGCUUCCUUGCCCUCCGCCUCUGUGGUCCGCUGGAGCUCCGGAGGUAGGGGAGGAGCCUCACCCGUGGAGGCGGCUGUGAAGGCUGGGGAGAUGGAGGAGGAGGCGGCGGCGGCGAGGGCGAUGAAGGCGUGCGCAGGCCGGGAAGCUGCGGAGGUGAAGCUGCAGCCAUUACAAGAGCGCCAGCCCGCGCCUGAGAACUUGCCUUGGCGGAGCAGCAGCCGCGGCGAGGAGAAGGUGCUCCCUUCAACCCCCCCGCGCUGGCUCAGCAGCUCCUCGCCCCUUUGCCCGCGCCGCAAGCCCCGCCCUCGGCCCCAGCCCUGGGCGCGCGCCCGAGGCCCGCCCGCGCUCUCGAUCCCACCCCCGCCCCCGGUGCAUCCUACCCCGCAGCCUCCCCGACCCCGGCCCUGGCGCAGACCCAGCCGCAGAUCCCGCCCGGCGGCGUCCAGGCCCCAGGUGCGGCAGAGCUGUCUCGGUGACUUAGGCAGCUCUGGGGAACGAGGUGGCUUUGGGGACUGGCUGCUGGAGGUGGAGUUUGAUCAGGGUCCCACAGGCUGCUCUCACGUGGAGAGCUUUAAAGUGGCAAAGAACUGGCAGAAGAACCUCCGGUUGAUCUACCAACGUUUCGUGUGGAGUGGGACCCCAGAGACGAGGAAGCGUAAGGCAAAGUCGUGCAUCUGUCACGUAUGUAGCACCCAUAUGAACAGACUCCACUCCUGUCUCUCUUGUGUCUUUUUCGGGUGCUUUACUGAAAAACACAUUCAUAAACAUGCAGAAACAAAAGAGCACAACUUAGCCGUAGACCUCUAUCAUGGGGUUAUAUACUGCUUUAUGUGUAAGGAUUAUGUAUAUGACAAAGACAUAGAACAGAUUGCCAAAGAGACAAAAGAGAAACUUUUGAAGUUAAUAACUUCCACCUCAGCAGAUGUUUCUCAGCAGCAGUGUAUGGAGUCAGGUGUUGAAGAGAAGCGAUCAAGCUGUGAGUCAAAGGAACAGGAGCCAAAAUUGGUGAAACCCAAGAAAAAGAGGAGAAAAAAGUCAGUCUAUACUGUAGGCCUGAGAGGGCUAAUCAAUCUUGGGAACACCUGCUUUAUGAAUUGCAUUGUCCAGGCACUUACCCAUAUUCCUCUACUGAAAGAUUUCUUCCUCUCUGACAAGCACAAAUGUAUUAUGACGAGCCCCAGCUUAUGUCUGGUUUGUGAGAUGUCUUCGCUUUUUCACGCAAUGUACUCUGGGAGCCGGACUCCUCACAUUCCCUAUAAGUUACUGCACCUGAUAUGGAUUCAUGCAGAACACUUAGCAGGGUACAGGCAGCAGGAUGCCCAUGAGUUCCUUAUUGCGAUAUUAGAUGUGCUGCAUAGACACAGCAAAGAUGAUAGUGUUGGGCAAGAAGCCAAUAACUUCAACUGCUGUAACUGCAUUAUAGACCAAAUUUUUACAGGUGGCCUGCAGUCAGAUGUCACAUGUCAAACUUGCCAUAGCGUCUCUACCACAAUAGACCCGUGCUGGGACAUCAGUUUGGACUUGCCUAGCUCUUGUGCUACAUUCAAUUCACAGAGUACAGAGAGGGCUGACGGCGCAGUGAGUAGGAAUGACCACAUACCAGGCAUCCCCUCACUCACAGACUGCCUACAGUGGUUUACAAGGCCAGAGCACUUAGGAAGCGGUUCCAAAAUCAAAUGUAGUAGUUGCCAAAGCUACCAGGAAUCUACCAAACAGCUCACAAUGAAGAAAUUACCCAUUGUGGCCUGUUUUCAUCUAAAGCGGUUUGAACAUUUAGGCAAACAGAGACGAAAGAUUAAUACUUUUAUCUCCUUUCCCUUGGAGCUGGACAUGACUCCAUUUUUGGCCUCCACUAAAGAGAGCAGAAUGAAAGAUGGCCAACCACCAACAGACUGUGCACCCAACGAGAAUAAGUAUUCCUUGUUUGCAGUGAUUAAUCACCAUGGAACUUUGGAAAGUGGACACUACACCAGCUUCAUCCGGCAACAAAAGGACCAGUGGUUCAGCUGUGAUGAUGCUGUCAUCACCAAGGCUACCAUUGAGGACUUACUCUACAGUGAAGGGUAUUUACUGUUCUAUCACAAACAGGGUCUAGAGAAAGACUAG